AUGGACACCAACGACGACUCCGAGCCGCUCCUCGUCGACGACGGCGGCGACGACGACGAGGGCGGCGCCCCGCCGUCGCUGCUGUGCCCCAUCACGCAGGAGGUCAUGGUCGAGCCCGUCAUCGCGAGCGACGGCUUCACCUACGAGCGGAGUGCCAUCGAGCGGUGGCUCGACAUGGGCCCGGACCGGCGGUCGCCGACGACGAACGCGCCGCUGCCGUCGCGGACGCUCGUGCCGAACCGGCACCUCGCGUCCAUGAUCGCCGCCUACCGGAGCCGCCUCGGCGCGCGCGUCGUCGCCCUCGUCGGUGCCGAGCGCGAGCUGCCCGCGCCCGCGGACUGGGAGUCCCGCGAGCGCGCGCUGCUGGGAGAGGUCGCGCGGCUGUUGGACGCGGGCGCGGACCCGGACGCGCGCGACGACGGCGGGCGGCCGGCCCUGCUCGCGGCCUGCGCGACGCGGCGCUUCCCCGCGGCCCGCGCGCUCGUCGAGGCGGGCGCGCGCGUGUCCGCGCCCGACGGGUCGUCGGAGGCGCUGAACAUCAUCGAGGCGCUCAUCGAGCGCGAGGCGGACCGGCGCGCCGGGCGGAGCCGGCGCAAGCACCUCGGCAAGCUCCUCGAGGACCCGGACUCCGACGCGGGCGACGUCGAGAACCCGCUGCGGGAGGACGCCGCCGCCGCCGACGACGACAAGGGCCUGUCCGACGACCAGCUCGACGCGCUCCGGGCCCUCGUCGGCGCGCUCCGCGACCGGGCCGCGGCGGAGGUCGCCGACGACGAGCGCCGCGCCGCGCGGCGCCGCGACGCCGACGCGCGGCGCGCGACGGACGAGGAGGCGCGCGACUCCCAGGGCGCGCUCCGGCGCCUCGCGGACCGGCCGGGCGACGCCGCGGCGGCCGUGCCCGCGGGCGUCUUCGGCGCCGCGCGCCUGCGCCAGCGGGGCUACUUCCCGUCGCUCUUCGCGCUCCAAUUCGGCCUCGUGCCCGACCGGCGACGCGGCCCGGGCCGCUUCAAGUGGACCUGCUUCGCGUUCCUCGAGGAGCCCGCGGUCCAGUCCGCGACGCACCGCGAGCGCGUCGCCAUGCGCCGCAUGCGCGCGGGCAUCCUCUCCGUCGGCACGCUCCUCUUCUUCUUCCUCUGCUUCGGCUGA